AUCGAUAUUAGCAAGUGCACAUCUCUAACGGCAACAUCGCACUUUUCAGUCGCAUCGUUGAAAAUUCUGUCGAAGCAAUAAACAUAAAAUGGCUAGUUUUUCCCCAAACCAACUGCGCCAAUGUGCGCGGUUUACGGGGACUGCUUGCACACCCGAAAAGGAACAAAAAUUACGUGAACAAAUCCACAGCGAAUUGGCCAAAAUCAAGUACUGCAGCAAUCCCACAUAUUCGUGUAAUUUGAUGCGUCUAGACGGUUACGAAUAUUGCAUUCGACACAUUCUACGCGAUCCACGCGCCAAUUACCGCCAGUGCACCCACGUCUUUCCAAAUGGACGCAAAUGCGCCAAUGCAGUGCCCAAACUGGAUACCAAAAAGGAGCAAAUACUCACCACCCUUUGUUUCGAGCACAACCGACAGACGCAGCUACAAAAGACGCACUUAUCGGUGGGUCGCUUGCGUAGCCGCGUGGAGACCAAUGAGACGCUUCUAAAUAGCUUAUCGCAUCACAUAAACGUUGAGGACGUCAAGCCGGAACUGCCCAAACCGGAACCGGAUGAUGAUGAAAUUGACGUUGUGUCGCCACAUGUGACGCCUUUUGUCAAUCAGGAUCAUACGAAUGCCAUACCACAAGUUGUGGCGAGCGUGCGUAAGCGGCGUCGCAUACUGGAUUAUGCCUCUGAUAGCUCAAGCAAUGACGGGGAUCCGCCAUGCUUGAGAAAUACAGCGAAAGAUUUGGAGUUCUUUGAAUCUGAUUAUGAAAGCGUAGACUCAGAGGAGGACGAUCCGCUCAAGCAUGCUGGCGUCUACACACGUGCGGAGGCAGUGCGUCUUUCAGAGAUGAAAUUGAUCAAACUGCAGGGCUUGUACCGCGGGCAGAUAACACAUUUGCAGCAUAUUUUAAAGCAGCGUCGCCGUAUAUAUUUGCAGGAUAUACGACGGGAGCGCGAAACCUACUGCAGUAUUCAUGACCAACUCAAGGACACGCCGCACGAGCGAAAACUGUAUGAGCAAUUGAAAGCGCUGAAUGGCUAUCAUAGGCGACAGGGCAUGGAAGCGGUUCUCUAUAAAAAGAUGAAGGAGAAGCGAUCACGCGACACUGUGGUGUCAACCAAAGCGUCUAGUCAGCCAAAGUGCGUAUUUACUGAAGGUGGCGUCAAGUGUGGCGAACGAACAUUACCAUGCUGCAAGCAUUGCCGCAAGCAUAUACUCGAGGAUAAGCGCCAGGUGCUAUAUCGCGCCUGCGGCGUAGAGCGCAGCGGUGUCGUCUGCCAAGAGCCCGUUGCAAGCAUACUCGAGGACUCGACAUGUGUGCUGCAUUUGAAUGUGGCGCCGGCCAAGCGCCAGUAUAUACAAAAGUUUUAUGAAGUACCGAGCAUACCGUCAAUCGAAAGUAUAUUUGCGACUGGCGGCAGUGAGGAUAAUUUUAAUGGUGACAGUGAUCAGAUCGAUGAGUCCAUUGACUCUAGCACUCAGAAUGAUCUACUGGAGUUAACAAAUGGUAUAUUUGAUUUUGAUCAUGAUACCGUCGAAGAUUUGGCUAAUUCAAUUGAUCAGAAUUAUGCCAUGUUACUCGAUAUGGACUGUAGUGAGCUGGGGCUGGGGCUCGAAGAUCCAUAUAUGACCGAUAAUAGCAUUAUUUUUGAGAAUCAAGAUCAAAUUUCCAACGCAGACGAAGCAGCCUCAAUCGAUGCAAUUUCCAAUGAAACCUCCAAUCCAAAUGCCAUGCAAACUGAUCAGAAUUUUGAAUUUAAUGAAACCGAGGGGGAUAUGUUGAACAUUCUCGAAGGCAUUGAACAUAUGCCCUGGUUCGAUGCACUGCUCAACUAAUUGAAAUUGAAACUAUUUAACUGCAUAAAUGCGAAUCUGAGACCGAGGACGAAGAACCGUCUUCCACUACAGUUAAGCGCGACAUCAAAAAAGAGAAAAAGGAGU